CACGUUGUUAUCAUUAGCGCGCCACCCAGUGGUGGCAUGCGGAACUAUUUAGUUAUCAGCUGUGAAAUUUUUCUUCCGCAAGACGCGCCUACAUGCGCAAUAUGUGUUCAUCUCUUUCCUGAGCGAGGAAGAGAGCAUCGAUCGCUCGUGUCGUGCUCUUUCCGACCAGUCCGCGGCAGCCUCGCUGACAGCGUGUCGCCAGUGCGCGUGUGUACACCGUUGUCCGGGCUAUCGAUCCGUCAGCGGAGCCGCAUUGCCGUACAUUCCGGAGGCGGUGCCUCGCCUAGUUUUCGUCGAUCGUCGGCGUGGCGGGCGCGUGUCGGCGUCGGCGGCGGCCCGGGGCGGCCCUGCGCAGUAGCGACCAAGUGUAGCGCGGGAGCGACCGACCUUCCUUCCGCCAAAACCGGCUCGCUGUCCGCGGCGGACGGCUGUGAUGUAGCCGCGGCCGGCGCGAGCGGCCUUCGGACAAAGGACCCGCUACUCGAUUAUUCGCGAUGAAGAAGUUCACGUUCAAGGGGGUGCUCGACGGGUUCCGCAGCUCGGUGCAGGCGGCCCCGCGAGGCACCGAGCAGGAGAUCCAGGAGACUUUGCGUCCCGAUCACUUCCAAAUCAAAAAGACAUUCCGGCACGGGUUCCCGUUCUCCCCGACGGCGCUGGCAUGGGACCCCAUACAGAAGCUGCUCGCUAUAGGCGACAAGGGCGGCAACCUCAGAAUUCUGGGUGGACCAGGCGUGGACUCACACGUGAGGCACGAGUGCGGCGAGGCAGUACUGCACGCCCGGUUCCUGGUCAACGAGGGAGCCCUCGUCACCGCCACCGCAGACGACCAGCUGCACCUCUGGACCUUCCGGCAGAAGUCUCCGCAGCGGCUCCACUCCCUCAAGUUCCAGAGAGAGAGGAUCACGUGCCUGCACCUGCCGCUGGCGUCCAAGUGGAUCCACGUGGGCACGGAGCGCGGCAACGUGCACGUCGUCAACAUCGAGACCUUCGCGCUCUCCGGCUACGUCAUCAACUGGAACAAGGCCAUCGAAGUCACGAGACCGAACCACCCGGGCGCUGUAGUGGAGAUUAGUGACAACCCUCUCGAUGCCAGCAAGUUGCUGAUAGCGUUCGAGACGGGGCUGGUGGUGGUGUGGGACCUGCGCGCGCGCGCGGCGGAGUGGCGCGGCGCGCUGGGCGGCGGCGGGCCGGGGGACGGCGUGCGCGCCGCCGCCUGGCAGCACGACGGCAAGCUCAUGACGGCGCACGCAGACGGCGCGCUCGCCACCUGGACCACGCGCGCGCCCAGGCCCUCCUCCCUCUCCUACCCACACGCGAAAGCAAACAAAGAUGGCAAACUGGAACCUUGCAAACCUAUCCUCAGACUGGAAUGGAAGACCUCGAGGACAGGAGAGAGCCUGGUGAUAUUCAGCGGCGGGUUGCCGACGGACAAGGCGGGGCGCACGCACAGCAUCACCGUGCUCAACGGGAAGUCCACCACCGUGCUCGAGAUGGAGCACAGCGUCGUGGACUUCGUCACGCUCUGCGAGACCCCGCACACCGCCGACUACCAGGAGCCGUACGCGAUAGUGGUGCUGCUGCAGAACGACCUGGUGGUCAUCGACCUGCAGUCGCCCGGCUACCCCUGCUUCGAGAACCCGUACCCCAUGGACAUCCACGAGUCCCCCGUGACUUGCUGCUCAUACUUCGCGGACUGUCCGUCAGACCUGAUCCCAGCAUUCUACUCAGUGGGCCGACAAGGUAAUAAAAAGCCGACAGGCUUCAGCGAGAAGCUGUGGCCCAUCAACGGAGGCGAGUGGGAGCCCGCGUCCUGCUCCUAUAACGAAAUCAUUCUGACCGGGCAUGCAGACGGCAGUGUAAAGUUUUGGGACGCAAGCGCCGGGACCUUGCAAAUAUUGUACAAAUUAAAAUGUUCUAAAGUGUUCGAGCGGCGCGCGGUAGGCGCGGGGGGCGCGGCGGGGGGCGCGGCCUUCGAGGAGGAGAGCCCGCUGGCCAUCCAGCAGAUCGCGCUGUGCUGCGAGUCGCGCCGCCUGGCCGUGGCGCUGCCGCACGGACACGUCGUGCUCUUCAAGUUCCGCAAGGCCGACACACACGCAGAGACACACGUGCUGGAGAUCCCGAUGAUAUCGGACGUGCUGGAGGAGGAGUGCUCGCCGGAGCCCGACGCCGCGCGGUCCAUGUCCUUCAGCCGCGGCGGGGACGGCGCAGACGGAGAGAGCAGGAGAUCAGGAGUGUGGGCGGGCGGGGGCGGCGGGGCCGGCGCCGUGCUGCGCGUGCGCGGCGCGGAGGGCACGGGGGGCGCGCGCCGCGCCGCCGGCUUCCAGCCCACGCUGGUGGCGCUGCAGCAGGCCGCGCCGCACCCCAUCGCGGCGCUCACCAUCAACUCGUCGUACGGCCUCAUGGCGUGGGGCGGCGAGCGCGGCGUGGUGGUGGUGGACAUGUCGCGGCGCGCGCUGGUGUGUGCGCACGCGCCGGCCGCGCUGUACCUGGCGCCCGCGCCGCCGCCGCGCCAGCCCGAGCGCCAGCGCUCGCCCAGCCUGGACCAGCUGGAGGACAGCGCGGCGCGGGCCAGCCCCGGCGCCAGCCCGCACGACGAGCCCGACGAGCCCGCCGCGCCGCCCGACCCCGCGACCGACGCCGCGCCUGACGAUAAGCCCAAACUCGACACGAGAAGGAAAUCUACCACCUGGAAGAACUUUAAUCUGAAACGACAGCUCUCUAAGGUGGAUCUCAAGUUCAAGGCGGCAUUCGCGGCGCCCUCCGAGAAUAAUGCCGAAGAGAUGAAUGCAGAGAAAAGCAACUCUCAAUUCUAUUGCGAAGCCCCGGAUCGGGCACCAGACCGUGCGCCGGAGCGAGGCCCGGAGCCGGGCGCCGGCGAGUCGCCGCCGGGGGACAUGUACGAGCGCAUGCACCGCGAGCUGCAGGAGCGCUGGAGCGAGCAGGAGGGGCCCGGCCUGGCGCCCGGCGGCGCGGCGCGGCCCGACUGCCUGGCGCUGGGCCCGCGCCGCCUGCUGGGCGUGCCGCGGCGCGAGCGGCCCGCGGGCUCGCUGGGCGGCCUCAUGCGCCGCUUCAACAAGCUGGACAGCUCCUUCUCACGCUCGCGCUCCAGCUCCAUGUCCAGCCUGGAGAACAUCUCGCAGGAGGGCAUCCAGUGCCUCGCCUUUGCUGACAGCUACACUAAAAAGUCUGACCCCACGGCGCUGACUCCCACGCUAUGGAUCGGUACGACGCUGGGUUCCGUGCUGACGCUGACCAUCACCCUGCCCGAGGCAGAGCUCCGGCAUACGCAACCGGUUCACGUCACCACCAGCGGUGGUCCGUUAUUUAGGUUAAAGGGUUCAAUCCUAACUAUGUCAUUUCUUGACUGCAAUGGUGCUUUAAUACCUUACUCUUACGAAAGUUGGAGGGACGACAGUAAAGAUGUGAGGGAUCGACGCGAGCGCACGCCCACGAAGCAGAGCUCGUCCAGCAGUGGGAGCCGCAUGAGCCCCACUCCGGGCGCGGACACGGCCGGGGACCGCCAGUUCGUGGUCGUGGCCUCCGAGAAGCAGGCGCGCGUCGUGGCGCUGCCCAGUCAGAACUGCGUCUACAGGCAACAGAUCGUAGAGACCGACUUCGUCGUCAAGGCCGAAACUGUUAGCUUGAAAGAUAAUAACGCGAGUGCUGCGCUUCCAGACAGUGUAUGCCUGGUGAACUACCUGUCGACGGGCCACUUGGUGGCGUACAGCCUGCCGUCCCUGCGGCCCCUGGUCGACGUGGACUUCCUGCCGCUGUCGGAGCUCGGAGCCCAGUGUCGGCGCCCCCGGCCUGGCGCCCGGGCCCCGGGCCCCGGCGGUAGUCCGGGCCCCGGGCCCCUGCGGGCGCCAGGCCGGGGGCGCCGCACAAGGGCGGGACGCGCCGGCGAUCACGCGCUCACUGCUGUCUGUGUUCCUGGUAGCUUCCAGACACAGUCCAAACAGAGGGGUAUCGUAGACCCAAUGCUGUCCAUAUGGGGCCAGCAGCUCAUAGUUAACGAGGACACCGACCAGAUUGCGAAGACCUUCUGCUUCAGCAACAGGGGCCACGGCCUGUACUUGGCGUCUCCCACUGAAGUACAAAAGUUCACCAUCGACGCCGAGUUCUGUCAGCAGCUGAAUGAGAUGAUAGGCGAGCUGUUCCUCCCGCGCGACAUGCCCGAGCCGCCCAAGGAGAGCUUCUUCCGGGGGCUGUUCGGCGGCGGCGCCAGGCCUCUCGACCGGGAAGAACUAUUCGGCGAGUCGAGCGGCAAGCCCCUGCGCACGGUGGCCAAGCACAUCCCGGGCGGCACGGGGCCCGCGCUGGAGGCGCUGGGGGCGCGCGCGGGCUCCGCCGCCGCCGACGUGGCGCGCGCCCACCAGCUGGUGGUGGAGCGCGGGGACAAGCUGUCGCAGCUGGAGGACCGCACCGAGCGCAUGCACAACCAGGCCGCUGAGUUCUCCUCGUCCGCGCACCAGCUCAUGCUCAAGUACAAGGACAAGAAGUGGUACCAGCUGUGA